CGCCGGCCUCGGGAGCGCGCCUCCGUCCUCUCUCCCACCUGCGGAGGCCGGCGGCCGCGCAUCUUGCCGCUUCUUGCACCCAAAAUUUCCCGCAGCCUUUCUGCCCACACCACCCCCGCCGAGAGCGCGCGUGCACGAAGGCGGUUGUUGCCGGGUUCAGCAGGUUUAUACCGGUCCAAAGCGAACUGAAAAAAACCGGAUCGCGUUGUGGUUCCAUCAUCAGAGGGAGUUGUUGAAGAGGUAACUUCCACAGGAGGAGCAUUUUUGCCAUUUUCAGAAUGCUUUGUCUCUUUCUUUCCCCUCUCCAUCUCCCAAGGAAAGACUACAGUGAAUGGAAAAGAAGUUUGGACUAUACCAAAAAGCAUGUUAAUCCCAAUUUAUAAGAACAUGGGAGUUUUCUGUAUGAAGGCACCCUUCAUUGCUGUAUUCGUGAGUGGAUUUCUUUAUUUCAACAUUGACUUCAAUACAGCUCAUGCUGGUGCAUCUUCAGGAGAGCCAAACUUCAUCAUAAUCCUGGCUGAUGACAUUGGAUGGGGUGAUCUUGGUGCAAACUGGCCAUUGACUAAGGAGACUCCGAAUUUGGAUAAGAUGGCUAAAGAGGGCAUGAGAUUUGAGGACUUUCAUGCAGCUGCCUCUACAUGUUCCCCAUCUCGGGCUUCUCUGCUGACAGGGCGCCUGGGGCUACGGAAUGGCGUUACUCAUAAUUUUGCUGUAAGCUCAGUAGCUGGCCUACCGCUGAAUGAAACAACAUUGGCAGAAGUUCUAAAGCAAGCCAAUUAUUCAACAGCAAUAAUUGGUAAAUGGCAUCUUGGACAUCAUGGCUAUUACCAUCCAAAUUUUCGUGGCUUUGACUACUAUUUUGGAAUACCAUACAGUAAUGAUAUGGGUUGCACGGAUGAUCCUGGGUACAAUGUUCCUCCAUGCCUACCUUGUCCUCGGGAUUCUGAUAUACAAAGCUGUAGACGCAACACAUGUACCACAGGUAUAGCAGUGCCACUCCUUGAAAACCAAAAGAUAAUAGAACAACCAGUCAAUCUCAGCAGCCUGGCAGAGAGAUAUGCAGAAAAAGCUAUACAAUUCAUCCAGAAGGCAAGGGAGAGUUUACAUCCAUUCUUCUUGUACUUUGCCCCGGCCCACAUGCAUGUUCCUUUACAGUAUAAUUCUCGAUAUGCUAACACUUCCAAACGUGGUCCAUAUGGAGACAGUCUACGAGAGCUGGACCACGUCAUUGGGCAAUUACUGGAAGCAGUUAAUACAGAUGUUCACAAAAACACACUUGUGUGGUUUGCUGGUGAUAAUGGUCCGUGGACUGAGAAGUGUGAAUUUGCUGGAAGUGCAGGCCCAUUUGUGGGAGCAUGGCAAACCAACAAAGAUGGAAGUUCAGCAAAAAAGACAACAUGGGAAGGUGGCCAUCGAGUGCCAGCAAUAGCAUAUUGGCCAGGAAAGAUCCCAGCUAAUAGUACCAGUGGCUCACUGCUUAGUGCUUUGGAUAUAUUUUCUACUCUGAUUUCACUGGCAAAUACAAGCCUGCCUCCAAACAGACGCUAUGAUAGUUUGGAUAUAACAGAAGUGCUAUUUGGCCAGUCAGACUAUGGUCAUAAGGCUCUUUUCCACCCAAACAGCGGAGCAGCUGGACGAUUUGGGGAUUUGCAGACUAUCCGUCUGAAGCAGUACAAGGCUUUCUACCUCACAGGUGGUGCCAGAGCUUGUAAAGGUAAGGAAGGACCAGAACAACAACAUGACCCACCUCUAAUAUUCAACCUGUUGAACGAUACUGCUGAAUCCCUGCCUCUAGACCCUGCUACUCCAGAAUACCGUGCUGUGUUGCCACAGAUAAAAGUGAUGCUUAAUAAUGUCCUCUUAGACAUCUCUACAGAUAACAUCUCCUUAGCUGAUUAUUCACAUGACCCAUCUGUGAUUCCAUGCUGUCAACCAAAGCAUGUAGUGUGUAGGUGUCAGGACAAGGCCUGAAUCCCAUUUUUUAAAUUUUAAUUAUUAUUGUUUGGAAUGGAUAAUUAAUGAGGUGAUUGGAACCUUUGAAGCUUAAAUCGAAUAUGGGAUAUAACUGCUAGAACGUGCAAAUAAAAUCGUGUAUGGGUAAGUAUCUCUUAAAUCAACAUAUAUUGCUUCAUAUGCCAUUAAUUAUAAUUAAGUUAAUUAUAUAUGAAUGAAAUAACAAAAUAGAUUGUAGGGGAGGUGAUGGCCUAGUGGUAUUAUUGCUGGAAUGUUCAUCCAGAGACCCAGAUAAUGACCUGGGGACCUGGAUUCGAAUCUCACCAUGGCAGUCAGUGGAAUUUGAAUUCAAUAAAUAUCUGGAAUUAAGAGUCCAGUGAUGACUGUGAAUCUAUUGUCGAUUACUGGAAAAACCCAUCUGGUUCACUAAUGCCCUUUAGGGAAGGAAACUGCCAUUCUUACCUGGUCUGGACUACAUGUGACUCCAGAUCCACAGCAACGUGGUUGACUCUUAACUGCCCUCUAGGUAAUUAGGCCGGGGCAAUAAAUGCUGCCUCGCCAGUGACACCCUCAUCCCAUGAGUGAGUAAAUAAUAAAGGUCAAUUAAAGUGCCAUAUCCAGCUAACAUAUGAACAUAUAUCUGUGAUGUACUUUCUGAUUGGGCAAUAUGAUAGGGCUCUGGAGCCUGGGCAGGAGAUGUGGCACAAUCCCAACUGUAAAGGGCAUCUGCCAGAAAUAUUAGUUCUUAAAAAUCUAUUCAUAGGACGUGGGUGGCGGCCACUGGACCAGCAUUUAUUGUCUCUUCCUGUUUGCCCUUCAGAAGAUGGGUGAGCUGCUUUUGUGAACCAUAGCAAUCCAUUUUCUUUAGGGUAGACCCACAAUGCCAUUAGGGAGGAAGUUUCAGGAUCUUGACCCAGCAACACUGAAAGAACAGCGAUACGUUUCCAAGUUUGGGUGAUGAAUGGCUUGGAGGGGUACAGUGGGAAUAUCACAGUCUGCUAAUGGAAACACAUUCCGACUGUACCUUCAUGCAGAUCCCAUUGGACUUCUUCAAUCUUUCUUUUUUUUUUAAUUUUCUACCUUUAGAAUCUAUGUUUUGGUUUAUUUUUCUGUGUUUUAAGAUUGUCCUGGAGACUGGUGACACUAUACAACACUUUUCACUGUAUUUUGUAACAAAAUGCACAUGGCAAUAAAUAAAUCAAAUUAACCUUACUUGCAUUCUCAUACAUGACUCAGUCAAGCCAUGAAAUGUAGGAGUUCAAAAUAAGUCUGGCAUUGAGGAUCUGCAUUCUAAAGCCCAAAAUAUU